AUGGCCCUCAAAUCAAGCAGAAAUCAAGAAGACGGUGAAACUCCUGGGGUAGUAGAGGAAAAAGUUGUAAAAGUAAAUGGAGAUAUUGCAAUUAGAAGGUAUAAUAAAGGCCGCUUUCUUGGAAAAGGUGGCUUUGCAAGAUGCUAUGAGUUUACUAGUCUUGAUACUCGAAAGGUGGCUGCAGCCAAAGUAGUUCCAAAAGCUUCUUUAGCUAACCCCUAUUUUUAAAUUGGAACAAAAUAUUAAUAAAAUAUCCAUUCUUUUGUUACUUUGAAUUGGAGCAAAUUUUUUGAAAGAAAAAAAACUUUAUUGCUAAUUUUUAUAAAAUUAGUUUUGCCCUAAUUUAAUGUAAAAGUGCAUGAAGAAUAUUAUUAAACAGUUUUCACAUUGAAUAAAUUAAUGUUUUGAAUCAAUUCUUCAUAAAAUAAAUUAAAACUUCAAAAAUAUGCAUUCAUUUUACAUUCUUUUAUUUUAAAAAUAUUUUAUAGCGAAAAAUUUAAUAUAAAUUUGAUUUGAAUUUUUCUUCCAUUUUAAAUGGGGGAAUAAGGCUAGAGCGAAGCAGAAACUGAUGUCAGAAAUAAAAAUUCAUCGUUCACUGCAUCAUCCAAACAUUGUCGGUUUUGAGCAUUUCUUUGAGGACAAUGAAAAUGUUUAUAUUUUGCUUGAGCUGUGCACAAAUCAAACAAUGAACGAACUUUUAAGGCGCAGAAAACGCUUAACUGAGCUAGAAGUGCAAUGCUAUACAAUGCAGAUUAUUUCAGGUUUGAAAUAUCUGCACACUCACCAUAUAAUUCACAGGGAUCUGAAGCUAGGAAAUUUUUUCCUAUCUGACAAAAUGGAAGUUAAAAUUGGAGAUCUUGGUCUUGCAACCAGGCUCGAGCAUGAUGGAGAAAGAAAAAGGACAAUUUGUGGGACACCGAAUUACAUUGCUCCGGAAGUAUUAGAUGGUAAGCAAGGGCAUUCUUAUGAAGUUGAUAUAUGGAGCUUGGGUGUAGUCAUGUAUACACUUUUGGUCGGAAAGCCACCAUUUGAAACUUCUGACGUAAAAACGACUUAUAGGAGAAUCCGCAUGAAUGCAUAUUCCUUCCCUGAUCACGUUCCCCUUAGUGAGCAAAGUAAAAGUCUUAUAACCCGCAUACUUGUCACUGACCCCUCUAAACGUCCAUCGCUUGAUGAAAUUAUUGAGCAUGAAUUUUUCCAUCAAGGGAAUGUAAUUCCUAACUCCUUGAGCUAAAUUAUGUUUAAUUUUAAACAGCUUGCAUUCUAGAGAAUCUUGCUAUAAAAUUUAUAUAUAAUUUUUAAAAAAAAAACUAGCGAAUAAAAAAAUUUUGUUUACUCACAGAGAGGUGGAGUAAGCUUCUUCCUCCAUCAACCUUAGCAUGUCCUCCCUCGUCAUCAUUUCUUCGUCAAUUUCAGCCCAGUGCGUCUAAUCCUCAAUUGACGUCUACUCAGAGACUAACAGAAACUGCCCCUGCCAUUUCUAAGCAAUCAUCUAGGAAUUCUCGUCAAGAAUUAGUCAACACUGAAAGAGUUUCUCGCGCUAAAGAAGAAACAAAACAGUUACCUAUCCCUAAUUCUUCACAAGGAAAUACAGAACUGCCAGAAAUUUGGGUGAAAAAAUGGGUUGAUUAUUCAUCAAAAUACGGUCUAGGGUAUUUAUUAAGCAAUGGGGCUACAGGAGUGUUUUUCAAUGAUGCUACUAAAGUGAUGCUAGGGCCUGCUGGGCAUAGAUUUAAUUAUAUGGAAAGAAAAGGACCUGAAAAGCAAGAUGUUGUUACUAGUCACACAUUAACUGACUAUCCGAAAGAAUUGCAAAAAAAAGUGACGCUUUUACAACAUUUCAGAAGCUAUUUAGAAGGUGAUAUAAAGCUGGAGACAGGAAUUGAAGACGAAAAUACUAUGAGAAAUCCUGUUUAUGUAAAAAAAUGGAUGAGGACUCGGCAUGCAAUUAUGUUCAGAUUGUCUAAUAAAAUUGUCCAAGUAAACUUCCAAGACCAUACAGAAAUCAUUCUGAGCAGUGAAACCAGGGUAGUCACUUAUGUCAAUAAAAAAGGUGAAAGAAUGACUUACCCAUUGGCAACUGCCCAAGAAAGCACUAAUCAUGAAAUGACUAAAAGGUUGAAAUACACUAAAGAUAUUUUGACUCAUAUGCUGAAUGCCCCCAACAAGCCUGACGAAGAGCAGCCUAUUGAUUAA